AUGAAAUCUGAGUAUAGAGACGAUUCCAUCACUAUUGAGAUAAUGUUAAUCAGAAUUGUUCUAGCCUUCCUUGCAAGCGAGCUUCGGCUAGUAGGGAGAAUUAUUCGCAUAAUACUGGCUAGUGUUCGAAUAAAUAUUUUUAGGAAGAACGAACUUAACGCUGUAGCCAACGCGCACACUGAAGUUUUACUUCAAAGUGGCCUGCGUUUGGAAGACUCGCACCUGGAAACACCAAGACCUUUCACCUAUUAUGCAGUACCUCCAAGACAUAGUCUUAUAGCCAAAUACACCCCGGUGGAGGGAGUCUACGCUAUGCGUGUAAGUCUUUGUAGGGAAUGUCGAAUAACCUUGGGAGAAAAUGAAAAUUUUCGUUAUAAGGCCGGUGCCUCGUGUUAG